UAACGUGAUACGUUUCUCGUAAUAACGAGAAACUUAUCUCGUUAUUACGAGAAACCUAUCACGUUAUAACGACAUACUUUCUCGUAAUAACGACAUAGUUGUUUACAGUAAAACGUCAUCUUCUCGCGGGACAUUUCAUUCUCGUCUUGAUGACCUGUGGGAAAAGAUGGAGAAUCAGCGGGAGCCUCUUUAUUCCUUUUUAAGGGAUAGAAAUGUGUCAGAGGACAGAAUUUCCACCAUGAGGAAUGACAAAAUUGACAUAUCAGUUAUUGGAAGCAUGGAUGAUGACAGCUUGGCCACCUACGUUCCAAUCUACGGUGACAGGAUUGCCACACGAAGGUUUUGCUCUGAAUAUAAAAAGAAAGGUGAGAGAGAUGCACAACGCCAGUCAUUGCUUCAAAAACUAAAAAGAAAGAUGGGAUUUGACACACAACCAGAAGGCCCUGACCAUGGAGAACAUGAUACAACUCAAACACAUCCAAGGGCAUAUUUGAAGAACAACAAGCUGGCUGUGAGAAAGACCAGAAAGGUUGAGUUAGGAUGGAUACACGAAGGAAAGCAGCUACGCAAGAAAAAUGGAGGUGGAACAAGGAGAAUAGAUUUGCCAAAGGAAGCAAAAAAGGCUGACAUUUUAAGCAUUGCAAAGGAACUAUUUUUUCCAAAUGGAAGAUCUAAAAAGGGACAACUGGAGGAUUUUACUUUUGAUAUUUUAGAUUAUCAAGAGGAUGCAGUAUUAGAUGAAAACACCACAGUAGGAGAACUUUAUUCCCUGCUAAAAAUGGGAACGUUAAGAUUUUAUCUUUGCACAAGAGAACGGAAGGAAUCAAGAAUCCCAGAAAUCAGUAUUCCAGAUGACCGCAUGGACCACGAUGAGCCAGAGGAUGAAAACAGCUCCUCAUAUUCAUCUAACUUCUCAGAGGUCCUGAUAGGUCCUCACACUGGUGAACCUCUGGCAUGGCAACUGGAAGACACUCUGCCCAUUUCAUCAAGUGAUGAAGGGGAAUCUGUGAGUCUUAAUCUUACUUCAGCCACCCUGAACUUAAGUUCUGUGAACCAGUUUGUCUCAAACAACUCUGCACCAACGAUAGCUACCUCCACUGAAGAGCCUGAACCUGCUCUUAUGCUCCCACCAUCUGCUGUGUCUAUUUUGUCAAGUUAUGAAGGAGACUCGGCAGUUCUUCUGAUUCCUUCUUCUGCCCUUGAGCUGGCAAGUCAAAGCAAUAUCACAACCAGUGAUGUGCCAUCUACAUCCAGUGUUACUGAGCAGCCUGCAUCUACCUCUGUGUCCCACAUACCUAGUAUGACUUCAUCAGAUAAUGAAGCACACAGUAAUACUGAGCUGUCCGGAUAUGACACGAUUAAUGUUAACAUUAAACUUCAUAGGACAAUGCUUAUGGAUGAACUGAUAACACAGUUCAAAGAUCCCAGCUUGCUCACCUGUCCUUUAAAAUUUAGUUUUAUCGAUGAAAUAGGAGCAGAUGCAGAUGGAGUUUCUAGAGAUGUCUAUUCUGCUUUCUGGACAGAGUUUUUAGACAGUGCUGCUGAAGGGCAAGACAUGAGAGUUCCAUUACUUUCCCCAAAGUGGCAGGAGGAAGAAUGGAAAUCUGUUGGACGGAUCCUUGUAAAGGGGUUCCUAGACCAUGGCUAUUUCCCAAGCCGCCUUGCACCAGCUUUCACAGUGGCGCUGGUUUUUGGUGAGCACUUGGUGUCACCUGACUUGCUAUUUGAGUCACUCCUCUUUUACAUCAGUCCAGAAGAGAGAGAUCUUGUGAACAAGGCUUUGCUGGAGGAUCUUCUUGGUGAAGAGCAUGAGGAACUGCUUGAUUUAUUAGAUCGUGUGGGUGCUAAAUUUAUCCCAACAAGAGAAAACUUGAAAGCUGUGCUUUUAAAUGUUGCACAUAAGCUGAUCAUUCAACAGCCAAAAUAUGCUCUUGAUAAAAUGUCAGAAGUUGCAAGAACAACAUUUGCACAUGUCUUCAAGAGCCAACUAAAAAUUCAAGAAAUGUAUGAAAACAUGAAACCUACAGCAAGAAAGGUUCUGAAAUUAUUAGAUGCUAAUCCUACUACACAAGCUGAGAGCCAGAGUCUGAGGUACUUACAGCAGUACAUCAGAGGACUUGAUCAGGCAGGUCUCAGAAGGUUUCUGCGAUUUACAACUGGCUCAGAUGUGCUUUGUGUUACCAAAAUCGAAGUUCUCUUCACACCCUUAGAUGGAGUAGCACGGCGGCUAGUAGCACAUACAUGUGGUCCAGUUCUGGAGCUACCUUGGACAUACUUGUCCUUCCCAGAGCUGCGUGUGGAGCUCGACUAUAUACUGAGCAGCAACAGCUGCUAUGUUAUGAACAUUGCGUAAUAUUAAAAAUAAGGUGCCUGUUGAAAUCUUUUUUUUAUGUUGAAAUGUUUCACAGAAAUAACAGAAAUGUGCACAAAUAAAUCUAAAGUGUUUUGGUAACGUUUUGGUUAUUACUAUGUAACAUAUUCCAAAAGAAGUUUUUUUUAUUUGAAGUAAGAAUAGAGACAAUAUCAGGAGAAUGUACAAAUGCGAUGUACCACUGUAAAAUUCAUAUUCAACAGUUUUUGUUAUUGAUGCCAAUGGAAAAGAAUCACUUAUUGAGAAGGAAGACUGGUUAAAAGAAUACUGUGAAAGACGAGCAUUUGAGGUAACAUUAACACUGUUCAUAAAAAGAUUUCCAAGUUAAGCAGGUUAAGCUUGAAGAAUGCAUCUACAUAUCUUUUUUUCUUUUUACAGGGCAGUAUUAUAUGUUAUAUUCCUUUCUGGUUUGAUGUGCAUUAAGCACAAUGAUGUCCUGGUUCACAACAAAAGUAUUUAUUUUUGUACUCGUUUUUAAUGUAUGUGAAGUUUCUCAUGUUCACUUUUGAGAUUUGGUUUUUCAGAUUUAAAACAUAUCUGCUCUACAGUUUUGCACUUUGAUGGAGAGAACCUCCUCCCAAUAGGACAUUUUAGAGCACUUGUUAAAUGAACAUUUUGUUUACCAUGUCAAAGCACAUGUAGCAAGAUUUCUGAAAGUUAUGAGGAAAAGAACAAAAUUGUUGGUUUGAUCACCCAAAUUGUUUAUUUUGUGAUGAUUAAAACAUUACACAUUCAACAUAAUGAGUCCUUGAUUUUUCAACUUUUUAUCAUAGCUGCAUUUCCAGA